GCAUUAUUAUAAUUUAUGAACUACAUAGAGUUAUUCUCAUUUUCUAAGACCAAAAUGAGCAUGACUCGCUAUGGCGGCUAAAAUGGAUCAAUUUUAAGGUCAGUUUUCAUUAAUUUGACAAAACAUUGGGAAAACAUGGAUCAGUUGAUAAAGGAUUUUAAUGAAAGGCAUGAUAAUUGUGUAUUCAUUAUCUGUAUCGACUGAGAAAAUCAGUAAUACUAGUGAAUCUAAUAGUUAUGGCCGCCUUGCGCACUCGAUACAGACGAUCUAGAAGAAAAUGUCAGUCGUUUUAAUAUACAGACGUUUGUGUUCGCCAUCUUGGCUAAAGUAUGAUGAUGAUUAUUUUCAAUUCAUUCGUAUCUCAAGAAUUAAUGGAGUUAGUUAACAUGGAAUUAAGAUAUGAAAAAUCAGGAUUUUCUGUAGAAGUCUUUGAUUUUUAUCUGAGUCUAAUGGAGAUUGCUACUGAAUUGAUUGGUUUGUGAAUAGAAGGCAUAAGUGUAUGAAUGUCCGCGUAAUAUGUUUAUUAUUUAAGCCGAAUUCUCGGCAUUUUAAAGAAGCCUACAAAAUAAGCACACAAUUUGUUUGUGUCAAAAUGAAUGUUUAUUGUUUUUAUCAUGUGCUAUAUAUUGGUGUCGCCGCCAUGGAGUUAAUAUUAUGCAUUUUACCUCGAACUACACAUGGGAGCAUGGAAAUAUCACAGGCUUCUCAAAUGAGAUAUUACAGCUUCCAAACUAUAAAGGAGAGACUCAAUUCACCCUCAACACCUCGAGACCUCACUGACAAACACACACAAACUAUUAAAGACAUGGAACUAGAGUCAAAAAAGACUUCAGUAGCACUAGAAUUCAUUGAAGAGUUAAAAGAUAAAAGUGAACUUCGUAGACAACGCUGUGAUAUUUCAAAAACUGGAGUAACUUUAAAGGAUUUUGACCUCAAAUUUUCCAAGUCAAACUUCCAAUCAGUAUUUGGGCCUUCCGCCAAGAAAGCCGUUUCAAUUGCCAACACUUUAACAAGUUUAUUUUUUAACCACAAAGAUCUUGAUAUAAAACAUUUAAACGCCACUCAGAUGCCAACAGUGUUUGCUCUUCUUAAAUACAAUGUUGAGAAUGACUAUUACAUUGCUGCUGGGGGUAUAGCGUUCAACCACGGUUUCUUUCCUUAUCUUGCCAAAGCAGCCAACGGAAAAACACAAAAUUUAACCGAAAUAAAAACCAAUUUUUCUGAAUGGAAUUUUUACUCUGUCCUUGAAAACCGGAACUAUUCGAUUCACUGGAAUUCUAACUUUCACAAUUCACAAACCGGAAGUAAUGUGACCAAAUACCAAAGUGAACGAAAUGGCCAUUGGACUGGACCCUACUUUGACUGCAGAAAAUUACAGCGCUGGGUGUUGACUUUUUCAGUUCCUUUCUUCUAUCUACGAAACAACAAACCAACCUUUAGAGGUGUAGUGAUGGUAGAGAUUGAUCUAAACAAGACAGACAUAAACCAAUGUGCUCAAGAUGAUUCCUUGUUUUCCAAGUCACACAAAUGUUAUACAGAAACCACGCAGUGUGAACACAUACCUGGAGGAGGAUUACGUGCCGGAAGUUACAAAUGCGUCUGUAGACCAGGGUACUACUUUCCUCUUCAGAACGCUACAACUAAAUUUUUCUCUGGAAUUACAAUGGAAAAUUCGUUUCUAGAUGACUAUUACAACAAAUCAUCAAUGAACAGCAGUGACUUUCAAUGUCUUCCAUGUUUGCCCGGAUGUGAACUGUGUGAUGACAAAACGCCAUGUAUGGCGGAAUAUAAUAUAUUACUCCGCGGUAUUCCUCUUGGUAUACAGAGUUUCUGUAUUACAGUAUCACUAGUGAUUGGCGUGGCCGUUUUAAGACUACGCAAGACAAAAGUGAUGGUUAGUGGUAUGUGGGUUUUACUCGAGAUUAUCCUUAUUGGUGCAGUCUUUCUUUAUGCUACAGUUAUCAUACAAUAUUUUGAGCCUACAACGACCAUAUGUUUAGUGCUACCAUGGUUUCGGGAGCUAGGAUUUGCGGUGGUUUAUGGUGCAUUAAUAUUAAAAGUGUAUAGGUUAUUAGGAGAAUUUCAGUCAAGGAAAGCCCACAGAGUACAUGUUCGUGAUAAAGAUUUAAUGAAAUACUUAUGCUGUGUUAUAAUAGUAGUUUUAGGAUAUAUGUCUGUGUGGACAACUGUAACUUUAGAUCAUAUUAGAGAAGGAAAAACUAUUCUAGAUACAGGUGUUACUCCUGAAGACAAUUUGAAAUAUUUAGUGUGUAAAUCAGGAUGGUGGGAAUAUGUUAUAGAAAGUGCUGAAUUAUUAUUUCUAUGUUUUGGUAUAUACCUCUGCUAUCGUAUAAGAUCAGCCCCUUCUGAUUAUUCAGAAGGAACAUAUAUUUCUGCAGCAAUAUGCUAUGAGGCAGUUAUUUCAACAGUAUUUUAUGUACUUAGGCAUGUUUAUUGGUUGAAUCUUCAUCCAGAUUAUUUGUUUCUUAUGUAUUUUGUUCGUUGUCAGAUGACUGUUACAAUUACCCUUCUUCUCGUUUACGGACCAAAACUUUUAUAUGCACAUCGCCCACCUGAAGACCACCAUAUAAGAAAUCGUGCUCCUUCUGAGGCUACAGACAAUAUGGCGCCGGAAACGCUUAAAUUAAAUGUUGGUAUUUCCUCAAAUGGAGACGUCGAUGUAGGGGAGAUAAGUCUAGCUGAUAUGGACCCAGAAGAUAUCAGAGCUGAGCUUAAACGUUUGUAUACCCAACUUCAAAUAUAUAAAACACGAACAAUGAGAAAAGACAAUCCGCAUAUUUCUAAACGAAGAGGAGGCAGAAAACAAACACAUAGGAGAUUUUCAUUACAGGCAUUCCAUCAUAAACAUAGACAUCACCAUAGUGACCAUGAUCACGAACACGAAAUGUCGAAAACACCCGAAGAAUCAACGAACAGUGCCGAGGCUGUUGCACUAACAUUUGAAAGUGCGUGCGCGAAUCGUUGUGACGGUGACAUUCAUGAUAAGGAGACAAAACCAAGAGAACAGUGUACAGUCACUUUUAAAAUGGGCCUCAAAUAAAGAUUUUUAAACUACAUCUAUAUUUUCUACAGAAUUUAACAAGUGCGCAUUUGACAGUGAUCUGUACUUGAAAUACGGCCAAGGAGAUAGCCUUAUAAGCUACAUAAGAAGAGAUAUGUGUUAGUGCGCGGUUUGAUACAGUGAAAUGUUAGUAGGAAAACAAUGAAAAUACCUCACGUGAUAGUAAUGGAGCAGUUUGAGGUUUAAGGACCAGAAAGCAAACACUGUCUCAACCAAACAAUAUUAUAAAAUAUUUAUGAUUGGCUAACAAUGUCCUAAACAAUGGAAAUUCAACAAAUGGCGUGACGUUAUUUUCAUUUGGGGUACGAACAAUGAAACUACCCGUAUUCAUUUAGAUUCUAUACGGCGAAUUAUGUUUGACUGUUCAUAUUGUACUUCAAUUUUCUGUGUAACUGUUAUAAAUUAGGUAUUUGUUCUUGAAACGUAAAACUCGAUGAGCGGUUGUCAUGAAAAACACAUUUCAACUUCAAAAGUGCCAUAUCCAAGGCAAAUGUGUUUCUACUAUCAACUAAUACAUUAGCUAACAUGAUACUUAAACUUUUCACUUUAAUAUGAAAGAUAUACUUAAUGUGGAUGCAAUAACAAAAUUAAUAUCAAUGCAUUUUUCUUAGCACUGAUUCGGAAUAACUGUUGGGUAUCUGAAUAUCUAUAAACGUUUCGUACUUCGAUGUCUCUUAUAAAACUUGAAUUUCAGGAAACUGCAAACUGAUGUCAUGAAAUUUGAUUUUUAAAGAACAUUUAAUGGGUCACAUAAGUCUUUUUGUUUAAUAAAAUUAGAAUUAUCGAAGCAAAUCUAAAACGCCCCACGUCGAUAAAAUAGAAUACAAACAAUAAAUAUUUGUUUGGCUCACCAAACACCUUUGCUAAAGAUCACAUUAACCGACAUUACAAUUCACACGCAAAGUUGGUGAGUCUGCCAAUACAAAUUAAAUUUUUUGAAAUGGUGAAAUAAAUAAACAAAAGUAUCAGAUACUGAACUUUACCUCAAACAAUCGAAAGAUUCAAAAAAGACCUCUACUUAAGUUCGGCUUAGUUACACUUGGAACUAUCAAUUAUUGUGCCAAAAUAUUCCCAUAUUUCAUACACGACUUAAUUAUAUAGUGCCAUUUUAUCAUUAACUACUAAGCAGUAUACAAGGUGGUAAACCUAGGUUGUGGGAGGUAACUAUUACAAUCACUUGUACUUUUGUCCACCAUUUUUCGUACAUGUGUUUUAAGCUUCAGAGUAGCACAGAUUAGGUAUGUUAUGAGUUAUCUCCCGUAUCCUAGGAAAACCUCCUUUAUUUCAAAACGGUUUUUACUAAUAGCCAUUUACUUUUGUAAAAGAUUUCAUGAAAUUUACUUUUAAUAAAUCUUAUUAUAUUAAUAAUGGAAGGUAUUUUAAAGAUGUGUGUGUUUAUUUUGCUUGUAUGUAUGUGUGCGUGACUGCAAGAUUUGGUAUUUACAUUGAUCGAAAAGAUAAGAAUGACAUAUACUUCUGUAAAAAAGAAUCAUAUGAAAUUUAAGAGAAAACUGAACAUGCGUUUAAGCUAAAAAAUACAAAUUCCCUUCGAUAACUUAUUACAAUUUAGAAUAACUUUUGAUUUCGUGAAUACGUAUUUAUUGAUAUAGUUUCUGAUUUCAUUCAUAUUAGAAGAUGGUUAGAGUUAUUUCCCUUUAGGUAGAUUUUCAGUUUAAACACUAACUUUAUCUAAGGCUGUAAAUCUAUGAUAGUGUUAGUGAGUAUUCUAUGAUAACAACAUAACAUAAUUGUUAUUGACCUAAACUUGCUCUGCAACACCUGGUCAUAAUAGUUAUCUAUUUACGUCAUGUCUUUAAAGUUAAAUUUGCCGUGAAUAAUAUAGAAAAAAAUCCGACUAGCUGUGAACAAUCACAAAAAUGUGCGAUAAAAACUUUUCAAGAAAAAAGGGAAAAAGGAAGGAAGACUUUAAGAUUGAUUGGAAGAAACUAGUAUUCUUGUAAAACGUAAAAAUAAAAAAUAACGACAGACUGCUUGGCUAAGUAUGAACAGAGUCUACUAACUGUCAAUCGAUUAUAUUUCUCUUUACUAUAAAUAGACCAUGGAGGGUUUCUACAGUAUAUCGCUAUGUAUAUAUAUAUAUUACCAAAUCUCCUUCCUUUUCAGCUAUGUAAGUAAACAAAUAUUUUGUAAUAAAAUUAUAAAUUGUUAUAUUA